GACCACGACUCUGCCUUCCCUCGCCCGUCCACUCCAGCAAGCGCCCCAUUCGCGCUCGUUGCGCGUGCAUCCCUCGCGGGACCGACGCCUCUCCCUCUCCGCGCGCCGCCAUGUCGCUGUUCGCGCGCUCCUCGCUGCUCGCCCGCGCCGCCCCGCUGGCUCGCUCGAGCGUCAUCCGCAGCGUGCACCAGUCGGCGUGCCACCGGCCCCUGACGCAGCGUGUGCCCGCCAUCUCUUCUGCGCCGCAUGCGCUCCCGCUCAGCGCACGACUGCGCGUUGAGCCUCCUCUGCCGCCGUCCCCGGCACACCCGCGUCAUCGCACCCUGCAGAGUCUGGCGGCCACGCCUUCACAGGGCAGCAGCGAACGGCGGAGAUGGGCAUGGCUGCUGGUGCCCGUUGGCGCAGCCGGUCUGAUCGCCAUCUCUUCGCAGACGCUGCAGGCAGACGCCGGCGAGCGCGACACGUCGCACGAUGACCCAAAGGAGCCCUUCGCGCCCUCGAUCGAGGCCAUCGAGGCCGAGCCGCCGCGGAAUCCGAUCCUGCGCUUCUUCAGCAGCAUUGGCAACUUUCUGCACAUCUACAUCGUCGAGCCGCUCGGCACGGGAAAGCGCUUCCUCGUGCUGGUCUCGCUCUUCUUGCCUGUGCUUCUGACGCUGCCGAUGGUGUGGGUGGGUCGCCGCCGCGAGAAGGGCAAGGGUCGCAAGGGCCGACGGGUCCGGAAAGACGAGGAGGGGCAGAGAUGGGGCGCCCUGUGGUGGUAUGGCUUCCUGGUCCGGCAGAUGGAGCGCGCUGGUCCGACCUUCAUCAAGCUCGCACAAUGGGCUGGCUCGCGGCAAGACCUGUUUCCUGAGGAGCUCUGCACGCUGCUCGGCAAGCUGCACUCAAACGGCAAGCCGCACUCGUUCAAGUACACCAAGAAGGUCAUCGAGCGCGUCUUCAACCGGCCGUUCGACGAGAUCUUUGAGGAGUUCCCGCACGAGCCGCUCGGCAUCGGCGCCGUGGCCCAGGUCUACCGAGCCAAGCUCAAGCCGGACCUGCUGCCGCCUGCGUACCUCUCCGAGAAGCGCGACCGGCGUGCUGGCGGGGAGCUCUCGCGGCAGCUGGCUCUCAGCUACGACGACGACACAGCGCCGCCAGCCGUGCCCACAGCCUCGGUCGCGAUCAAGAUCCUGCACCCGCGCGUGCACCGCACCAUCAAUCGCGACAUCAAGAUCAUGUCCUUCUUCGCCAAGCUCAUCAACCUGCUGCCCGGCGCUGAGUGGCUGAGUUUCCCCGAGGAGGUCGAGGUCUUCGCCGAGAUGAUGUACUCGCAGCUCGACCUGCGCAACGAGGCCAACAACCUGCAGCGCUUCGAGGACAACUUCCGUUCGCGGCGUGCCGCACUGAGCUUCCCGCGCCCACUCAAGCAGUUCUCGACGCGCGAGCUGCUCAUUGAGGAGUUCGAGGACGCGCUGCCGCUCAAGCACUUCCUGGACAUGGGCGGCGGCGCCUUCGACCACCGCAUCGCCAACCUCGGUCUCGAUGCAUUCCUGAACAUGCUGCUCUUGGACAACUUCACGCACGCCGACCUGCACCCCGGCAACAUCAUGAUCAAGUUCUACAAGCCGACAGCGAGCUCCAUGCUGCGCGAUGCCUUCACGCGCAUUCUCUCGCGCUUCGACUCGGACUACGCGCGCGGCGCCGCCAAGGGCGCCCCCACGCCGGACCAGCAGGUGGACCAGGAUGUGGUGGACCGGCUCCGGCCGCUGCGGCACGACCCGGAGCAGUGGCUCGCUGAGCUUGAGAAGCUCGAUGCGCUGGGCUACCAGCCGGAGCUCGUCUUCAUCGACGCCGGCCUCACCGUCGAGCUCUCGCCCGUGAACCGGCGCAACUUCAUCGAGCUCUUCUCCGCCAUCGCGCAGUUCGACGGCGAGCUGGCAGGCCACCUGAUGGUCGAGCGCUGCCGCUCGCCCGACCUCGUCAAGGACGGCGACGUGUUCGCGCUCAAGAUGGAGAACCUCGUGGCCAGCGUCAAGAAGCAGAGCUUCUCCCUCGCCAACAUCCGCAUCGGCGAUGUGCUGGCGCAGGUGCUGAACAACGUGCGCGAGCACCAGGUCAAGAUGGAGCCCGACUUUGUCAACACCGUCAUUUCGAUUCUGCUGCUCGAGGGCAUCGGCCGCACGCUCGACGGCAACAUGGACCUGUUCAAGAGCGCACUGCCCAUUCUGCGCAGCCUCGGCAAGGAGCUGGCGCUGCACGGCGACGGCACCGGCGGCAGCUUCCACAUCAGCGACCUCAAGCAGAUGGGCCCGAUGCUCAAGAUGUGGUUCCUGCUCGAGGCUCGCUCCUGGGUCACGGCCGUCGCCGACCCGUCCGUGGUCAACGGCUUUACGCGCUACGGCUGGCUCUCCGGCGACUGAGACACUGGCACGCCUCACGACUUUUCCAUCAGCACCCCGGGCGACUGAGCGCAGCGAUAGACGUCGAGACUGGAAGCAUGCAUGUCAUGAGUGCAGAGCGC